GCUUCCACUCUAUCUCACCAAACGCCAGGUGUACCCGAGCCCGGCCCUCGGUCGUCUCCACCUCUCCGCCGGAAGAACCCGGCGGGGGCCAGCGCCGUACAUAUAUCCCGACCUCACCGGAACCCUACCUUUGAGAAACCCCUUCUCCGCCACUAUCCAAGCGCUGCCUGCACCACUGCCAUUACUAUUAGAGGAAGCUUCAACUGUUGUGCUCUUGCUCUCUAGCUAGUAGUGGUUGCUAUCGGUGCUACUACCGCCGCCGUCCAAACCAUAGUAGCCCUGAUGCCGCAGCAGGAGGUGCCCGACCAGAUCGCCGCAGGGUGGUUCGCGGUGGAGGCGCCAGAGCGAACGGGGAGCCUGCAGAGGAGCGGCUCCAACAGCCGCCUCAACGCGCAGGCGCCGGAGUUCGUGCCGCGGGUCGCGGCGGUGGCUCCACCGCCGGCAGUGAUUCGUGUGUUUGCGGUGCCCUCGCCUCCACCCCGCGCGGCUUUCUUUGCGGCGCCCCCGCCUCCCCCGCCGUUCGAGUUCUUCGCGCCUGUGAGGGUUGGCGGUGCAUUUGUGGCCGAGGAGCCGGAGCCGGAAAUGGAGCGCGCAACGCCAGCUAUUGCUAAGCCGGCGGUGGACGGGCUUACUGAUGAUGUGGUGCAGAAGAUCACCAAGCAGGUGGAGUACUAUUUCAGUGAUAUAAACCUGGCCACCACGGAACAUCUGGUGAGAUUUAUUAGCAAGGAUCCUCAGGGAUAUGUGCCAAUAUCAGUUAUUGCUGGCUUCAAGAAAAUAAAAGCUUUUGUGCAUAAUAACCCAAUGCUUGCUGCAGCUCUUCGUACCUCAUCAAAACUUGUUGUAAGUGGUGAUGGAAAAAGAGUGAAACGCCGACAUCCAUUUACCGAAUCUGAUAUGCAGGAGUUCCAGUCCCGAAUUGUAGUGGCAGAAAAUCUUCCCGGUGAUCCUUCUUACCAGAAUCUUAUGAAGAUCUUUUCAGCUGUUGGCAGUGUGAGAACAAUUCGGACUUGCUAUCCUCAGACUCCAAAUGGUCCUGGUCCUGCUACUAAUAGAUCUGCCAAGUUAGAUAUGCUGUUUGCCAACAAGCUGCAUGCUUUUGUGGAGUAUGAGACUCACGAGGAUGCUGAGAAGGCAAUUCUGGAGCUGAAUGAUGAAAGGAAUUGGAGAAAUGGGCUUAGAUUACAGCUGCUGAAUACUUGCAUGACAAAGUGUCCAGUAAAAGGGAAAACGGGAGGGCAUGAAGGUGAUGGAAAUGGUGAGGAGGAUGACGUCUCCAUUUCAAACCAAUCAAAUGAGAGACAGCUUGAAGGAUCUUUUCGACUGUCAGAUGUAUUGCCAGAGCACCUGUUUGAUGAGAACAACAGUGACAAACAAGGUCCAAAGCGUGGCAAAGGUCGCGGGCGUUGCAGUAAAGGCCGAGGCCGUGGCUACCAUCAACUGAACAACAAUCAUCAUCACAUUCACAAUGGCAGUAACCAUCACCAGGUUAUCAACAGUCGUGGCAGCCAUCCGGUCGGGACACCACCGAACAACCAGCUUAUCAUGGUCGAGCAGCUACUACCUGUGGCAAACAAACAGCCUCCUGGCCCACGUAUGCCUGAUGGCACUCGUGGUUUCACCAUGGGUAGGGGGAAGCCAUCAUCAGCUUUGUGUGCCGUGGAGCUUUAAACCCAUUGCUGCGUUCCCAUGUUGAUAUAGAUGGCUUCGAACCAAACCUGUUUCUUGCAUGGAUGUGUGCUUUGGUAUUUUUGGACUUCUCGUUGUGGCCCAAUGGUUGAUCUCUUAUACUUGAAAA